UUUUGGGACAUUUUGAUAAUAAUCAAAAUCCUCAAAAAAACUUUUGACAGUCACUGAUAGCGGUUACGUCAUAUUUCAUCAACCGGUUUUUGAGGUUAGGAAAUUUGUUUUCUUUGUUAAAACCUCAAAUUUAAUACUAAUACAAAUGAUACUCGUUCAAGCAUGCAGGAAUAUAAUCCGUACUUUACAUACAAACGAAGUCCGGUGGGCUGCAGAAAAAUCUCUACUUGCUACACUUCGAAAGAAGACCGGAUAUACUUUUAGUAAUUGUAAAAAAGCUUUAGAAAUGCAUAAUAAUGAUAUUAAUAAGGCUGAAUCUUGGUUAAAAGAACAAGCUCAACAAUUGGGUUGGGCUAAAGCAACGAAAUUAGAAGGUAGACAAACUGCGCAAGGAUUAAUAGGUGUUUCUGUUAAUAAAAAUAAUGGAGUUCUUGUUGAAUUAAAUUGUGAAACAGAUUUCGUAGCAAGAAAUGAUGUUUUUCAAAAAAUGGCCAACACAACCGCUGCUGCUGUUAUGAAUUUUAUGGAAAAACAACCUAUAAAUAAACCAAUCUCUAAAAUGUUAUUAACAACAGAUGAUUUAAAAUCCCUCCAAGUAUCGGAUGGUAAACCCCUUUCUGAUCAUAUAGCUUUAAUGAUUGGUACAAUAGGAGAAAACGCCUCAUUAUCAAGAGCUUUUUGUAUAAAAGUAUCAGAUGGAUUACAUUUAUUCGGUUAUGCUCAUCCUUCAGGAAAACAAAUCGAAUCGACUUUAUUAGGAAAACUUGGUGGACUUGUUGUUUUAAAACAAACCGGAAAUUCCCUCAACUCUGAUUUAGAACAAGUUGGGAAAACAAUUUGUCAACAUAUUGUAGGAAUGAACCCCCAAAAAGUUGGUACAGUUGAUGAUAAACCUUCUUCAAAUUCUGAUGAUGAAACAUGUCUUAUACAUCAAGAAUAUCUAUUAGAUGAUAGCUUAACAAUUAAAGAAGUUCUUGAUGAAAAUGGGGUUGAAGUGAUUGAUUUUAAACGUUUUGAAUGUGGUGAAAAGGAUAAUAAAAUAAUGGAGCAGCCUUUGGAAGCCAUCGAAACAUGUCAAUGAGUACUGUUUUAAGUUUCAGGACAUUCUAAGCAUAUGAAAUUCUAUUAUAAUUUCAUAAAUGUGAAAAAUUGCUUUGUUACAAAGUUGAGUGAUCAAUGCCUUUCUCUUAAUGUCUGAAUUAUUUGCAGUGAAAUAUGUGUAUUUAUUUGGUUACACAUUUAUAUAUUGUACCAAAUGAUGGAUAAGCCUCUAUAAUUUUUGUUAUCCAAAUAGUUCAUUUUGUUAAUCUGAAGAUCAGCGCUCUGGUACUAUCUAUAAUAUUAAAAAAAAAUUUUACUUAA